AUCGAUCUUACCAAUCUUUUUUUGCAGCACAUGAAGCUUAUGGAGAUUAGAAGGCUGUCCAUGGUUCUGGCAUCUUUUAUGACAGAUGUCCUGUUCUGAACCAAGAAUGGAAGAGAGGAGCACACUAUGUAUCAGCCAUGUAUUUACUAUGAAAGUGUAUGGGAUUUAGCUGAAGUUCUCCAUCUAGUGGGAAAAAAUAAAAACUACCUGAUCUGUACACUUGUACACUCCUUCCCAGUAAUGUACUGUUACCAGUAAGAUUGACUAAAGACAUACUAAGUAUGUUUGGCAAGACUUGUUGACAGUAUGUGAGGAAAUCAUGAGGGGCGGCUUACGCAUGACACACUGCCAUUACAAGAGUGAAGUUUUGAGGAUGUGACAGCAGCAUCAUACACACGACUGAGGGACAAUCAGCAGCGUCUGUCAGUGCUUCCUGUAUGGAUGAAGAAUGAAAAUCUCUUCACUUGGAUGAACUAAUAAUGACGGCAGUUCCGGAGAUACUCCUGGAAACACUGGAUGAUCUGGGAGAUGAAGAGCUUAAGAUCUUCAAGUGGUUCCUGCAGCAAGCUGAAAUCCUAGAAGAUUUCCCAGUCAUCCGAAAGAGCUGUCUAGAGAAGGCUGACAGACUGGACACACUGGACCUGAUAGUGCAGACCUACAGUGAACAGUCCGUGGAGGUGAUCACAAAAGUGUUGAGGAAGAUCAACAGGAAUGAUCUGGUACAGAGUUUGUCCAGCAUCAUCUCAGGGCCCAAAUUGAAUGUCCGUGGUGUUGCAGAGACUUCAGAGGGCAGGGAAACAUCUUCCAUUCAACCACAGGCUGCUUCUUGUCUUCACCCUCUUGCCAGCAAUCAGACUGAAGAUUUGCUGGAGCUAGAACCUGACCCUCCAGAACCCAUUGGAUCAUACCAGCGUACACUCCAAUCACACCUCCAGAACAGGUUUAUGUGUGCACAAGAAGGGUGGACAGAAAGGGUGGAUAAAAAACACCUAGAUGACAUCUAUAUAGUGCUCUACAUCACAUAUGGGAGCUUUGUGAACAUCACCAGGCAGCAUGAGGUCAGGCACAUUGAGAUGGCAUCAAAAGAACCAGGGGUAACAGAGAAAGUAGUCCAACCCAAUGAUAUCUUGAAACAUCCUUCUGGAAAAAACACACCGGUACGAACAGUCCUGACCAGUGGGAUUGCUGGAAUUGGCAAAACAUUCCUUGUACACAAGUUCAUCCUGGACUGGGCUGAAGGAAGAGCCAAUCAAGAUGUGCAUCUCACAUUCCCCUUCACCUUCCGCCAGCUGAAUUUACUGAAGGGGAGAAGGUUUCGUUUUGCAGAGCUCAUUCACAAAUGUAUCAGGGAAACUAGAGAUAUCAAGGAGGAGGAUCUUAAUGACAUUUUCACAAAAUUACAGGCUUCAGGAAACACCAACUAUGACAAAAGUAAAUUCAAACUUCUGUUUGUGUUUGAUGGGCUGGAUGAAAAUCGCCUUCACCUCAACUUUACUAGUGACCACACUCCAAUUAUUGAUGUGACACAGUCAAUUGGAGUAGAAGUCCUGUUGACGAGCCUUAUCAAGGGGGAUCUGCUUCCUUCUGCUCGCCUCUGGAUAACCACUCGACCGGCGGCGGCCAAUCAGAUCCCUCUUGACUUUGUGGACGUCAUGACAGAGGUCAGAGGGUUCACUGACCUACAGAAGGAGGAGUACUUCAGGAAGAGAUUCAGAGAUGAGCAGAUGGUCAACAGAAUCAUUUCCCACAUCAAGACAUCACGAAGCCUCCACAUCAUGUGCCACAUCCCGGUCUUCUGCUGGAUCACCGCUACAGUUCUGGAGGACAUUUUGAAAACCAGUGAGGGAGGAGAACUGCCCAAGACUCUGACUGAGUUGUACACAGAGUUCUUGAUGUUUCAGAUCAGACAGACAAAAGAGAAGUAUGGCACAGAGAAGAGCAUUCAGUACAUUCAAUCACUUGCAAAACUGGCUUUUUACCAACUGGAAAAGGGGAACUUGAUUUUCUAUGAAAAAGAUCUCAAAGAGAGUGGUAUUGAUUUAGAUGAAGCCUCAGUGUACUCAGGAGUGUUCACACAGAUCUUUAAAAAGGAGCGCAGGUGGAAGAAGGACAAGGACGAGGAUAGGAUGUUCAGUUUUGUCCAUCUGAGCAUUCAGGAGUUUUUGGCUGCUGUUUAUGUGGUGCAGUCACUCAUUAACAGAAACAAAAAUGUGAUGGCGCUACAACAACUCAAGUUCCAAAGUGUGCAGAUGCUUUUCAGCAAACCAUCUGUAGCAGAGGUCCAAAGAAUGGCUAUUGACAGGGCCCUACAGAGUCUGGAUGGACACCUGGACUUGUUCCUCCGCUUCCUUCUGGGUCUCUCCCUGGAGACUAAUCAGAAAAGCCUACAGGGCCUGCUGAAACAUACAAUAAGUACUACAGAGGCCAAUCAGGAAACAGUGCAGUACAUCAAGGAAAAGAUCCGAAAGAAUCUGUCUGCAGAAAGAUGCAUCAACCUGUUCCACUGUCUGAAUGAGCUAAAUGAUCAUUCUCUAGUGGAGGAGAUCCAACAGUACCUGAAUUCAGGAAGUCUCUAUGCAGACAAACUCUCUCCUGCUCAGUGGUCAGCUCUAGCUUUCAUCCUACUGUCAUCAGAAAAAGACCUAGGUGUGUUUGACCUUAGGAAGGACUCUGUUUCAGAGGAAGGUCUCCUGAGGCUGCUGCCAGUGGUCAAGGCCUCUACUGUAUUCUUCUUGAGUGGCUGUAACCUGUCAGAGAGAGGCUGUGAAGCUUUGGCCUCAGUUCUCAGCUUGCAGUCCUCCAGUCUGAGAGAGCUGGACCUCAGUAACAACACCCUACAGGAUUCAGGAGUGAAGCAGCUCUGUGCUGGAUUGGAGAGUCCACACUGUAGACUGGAAACUGUCAGAUUGAGUGGCUGUAAACUGUCCUGGAGAAGCUGUGGAGCUCUGGCCUCAGUUCUCAGCUCACAGUCCUCCAGUAUGAGAGAGCUGGAUCUUAGUAACAAUGACCUGCAGGAUGCAGGAGUUAAGCUGUUAUGUGCUGGACUGGAGAGUCCACACUCUACACUGGAAACUCUCAGGUUGAAUAUGUGUAACCUGUCAGAGAGAAGCUGUGAAGCUCUGACCUCAGUUCUCAGCUUGCAGUCCUCCCGUCUGAGAGAGCUGGAUAUCAGUAACAAUGACCUGCAGCAUUCAGGAGUGAAACUGCUCUCCUCUGGACUGGCGUGUCCACACUUUAGACUGAGAAUUCUCAGGUUAUCAGGCUGUCUGGUCACUGAGGAAAGCUGUGCUUCUCUGGCCUCAGCUCUGAGCUCCAACCCCUCCCAUCUGAGAGAGCUGGAUCUGAGCUACAAUCAUCUAGGAGAGUCUGGGGUGACACUGCUCUCUGCUGGUCUGGAUGAUCCACAGUGGACACUGGACACUCUCUGUGUCGACCAUGCUGGAAUGCGCUGGUUGAAAUCUGGACUGAGGAAGUAUGCUUGUGAACUCACCCUGGACCCAAACACAGCGCACAGAUACCUCUCUCUGUCUGAGGACAAGACAACAGUGACUCUGGUGAGAGAGGAGCAGUCUUACCCUCAUCACCCAGAGAGAUUCCUCCACUGGAAGCAGCUGCUGUGCACAAAUGGUCUGACUGGCCGCUGCUACUGGGAGGUGGAGAGGAAAGGAUGGAAGAGGAAGAAUCGCCUCCGUAGACUCACACUUCUGCUGCAACAAGACAGUACAAGAUCACACAUUUAACAAAUAUGCAUUUUGAGUUUUGGAUAUAAGUCUUUGGAUUAUCAUGUAAUUGUUUAGUCAGUGUGAAUUGUGCCUUAUGCAAGAACAUUUUCGUCUUCUUCUCUGACUUUAUUCUGUGAGGAUUGUUCAUACAAGUAUUCCACAUUGGAUUCAACAAAUUCUUUUAACUGCACAAACUUGUCAUAAAUCUCUCGUUUCAGCCUGAUGAAUGUCACCUGUUCACGAGGAGGUGCAAGUUCAUGAGAUUUCAUCUGUAGGAUAAUUGAUGCAGAUGACUAGUCCAGCUCUGUUUGUGGGUUUUUUUCACAAAAAUGGUCAAAUAAGUGUUUUUGCCCUGUAUACAUAGACAGUCUCUGCAUAACUCGUACGAUAGUUCUGGAUCACCUGUAAAUUUUGUUGGUACCUAAAAGAAAAUUCUAAGUACACCACAAGAUGCCACUGGUUCUCUUAAAUCAUUUUUACAUGCCACAAAAAAUAAUUUCAUUUGAGUGCUUCUAGCAUGAGGCCUAACGUCUACAUGUACUCAGGGUGAGGGUUGUAACAUACUGUAACUUGUAACAUAACUUGUACAAGAAUAUGGACAAUUUGAAAA